AGACUUUUGCACACAAGUGUGCAUGUGUAUACAUUAAACUGGUGUGUAUACAUUAAACUGGUGUGUAUACAUUAAACUGGUGUGUAUACAUUUAGCUGGUGUGUAUACAUUAAACUGGUGGUGAUUAAUGGUGUAAUGGGGGACAUUUGAGACUCUCAGGGGCAUUAAAACUAUCCUCAGCGCUUCUGGGGCUAUUAAUAAAUGCGGGUGUUUGUUUCUCCGCCCCCAGAACAGUGGACAGCAGAAAGAAGGCAGGACAAAAGCUGGAGUUUAAAGCACACGGUACUGACUUUACUGCCUCUAAUCACACGGUACUGACUUUACUGCCUCUAAUCUACAUUCACACCGGAUUAAAGACUGAGCAGGAAGAAGAUGUUCCUCAGAGUCACCAGGUGUUGUUGAGGGGGCGAUGUUGAUGCUGUGUGUUGUGUUGUUCCUGCUCCUGCCUGCACCAUCUCUGGGCAUCAACUGCUCAGAACACUGCAAAGCAUGUGGAGGACCUAAAAGAGACCAGUGUCUGCAGUGUCUCCCAGGCUUCAUGCUGCAUGACGGUGUGUGUGUGGAUAUUGAUGAGUGCGGGACAGAGUUGGGGAAGUGUCCAGCUAACACCUACUGCCUCAACACACAUUCUUCAUAUACAUGUAGAAGUUGUGACCGAGCGUGUGUGGGCUGCAUGGGCAGUGGUCCUGCUCGCUGUAAGAAAUGUGCUCCAGGCUACAGAUCAGCUGAUCUGAAGUGUUUAGACAUUGACGAAUGCAGUGAGGAGGUGUUGGCCUGCUCUGACAUCAACGCUCUGUGUGUGAACACUGAAGGAUCAUUCCAGUGUCCCUGUGCACCAGGUUUUACACGCACAAGAACCCUGUGUGAGAGGAACCAGAUACCUGAAGGACAGGAGCGUGGCUUGUUUGAUGAUCUCCAGGAUGACGAGGUGGAGGUUCUGAAGCAGAUGUUCUUUGGAGUGAUUCUGUGUGCUCUGGCCACGCUGGCUGCUAAAGGAGAUAUGAUGUUCACCUCUGUGUUCAUCGGUGCCCUGGCGGCCACGCUAGGGUACUGGCUCUCGGACAAGAGUGACCGGCUGCUGGGCAGCUUCCUAAAGGGCAGAUGAAGGGUGUGUGCAGGGCAAAGAACAGGACCAGGACUGACAACAAUAAGAGAACCAUCUGAGACUAACCUUUCAUCAUAGUGAACAAUUUCACAGGACUGGAUCAUUAGGUUUAUUUGAACACUUGUAUGUUUUGUGUGUUCAGUAUUAAUCAGACUGAAGGUGGUUUAUUGUAUGAACAGUUACUGACAAUGACGUGAUGCUCUGUUAUAUAGACAGAUCUUUAAUCCGGACAGUUGGUAAAUAAAUCUCUGCAUUAGAGCUCAUUAGUGGAUCAGAGCAAACACCUGGAGCACGCCGGGUUUCAGAAAGGACGUCACUCUUUAUUGAAUGGAUAUAAAUCAACUGGCCGACACUCAGUAACAUUUUCGAUUACGACACACACAAUAGCAAACACCUGGUGGGUGCAGAGGGACGGCGGAGUCCCACUAUGCAUCAAAAACACCAAACAUGACACACAGAAUUCAUGCUGAGCUCCUCCUUCUUUUACCCAGGAUCUAUCAAGAUGUCCUGUAAUCACACACACACAUACACACACACACACACACUCUCUCUCUCUCUCUCUCUCCUACAUAAAUACUCAUGCAAGGUAUGCACACACACACACACACACAGUAUGACAAACCCAUGCUAACCCACUGUCAGUAAUUUGCACAGACGAGCAGAUAUCAGUCUUGAGAAAAACCCAACACGCUGCGAUGUGGAGUGUGUCCCACACACGAGGACUGACUGAUGCACUGUGGAUAAUAAAAUCCCACACACGUUUCACACACGUGACUCAUUCGGCAUGCAAACACUCACCAUUAUCUUCUUGUUCUGUAUGGUUACGGCACAUCAUAAACACAUUUACAUAUAGAAAUCUGAAAUAUAUUCCAAAUCCUUAAUCUGUAAAAACAAAAA